AUGCAAACUCUAGGCUGGUUCGCAUGGCUGCGCGGCGGCCUGAUUGCUGCCUGUGUGAAAUUGGGGCUUCGUGCCAUUGCAGCCACCUGCUUGUAUGCCGCAGCAUUUAAGCCCAACUCUUGGGCUCGCAAACGGUGGGUUGCUGCGGCAGCCAAGAUGCCUCUUCGCCUUAACCCAGACGAGCACCUGCGGGCACCGCACCGACAUGCGCAACGGCCGCCGCAAUUGGAUGCUCAAGAUCCUUGUCGUUUAUUCGGGGUGGGCUUUUCGGAAUGGCAAAACCAGAGCCGGAGUCGCAUCGGUAGCGGUGGCGAGGGCCGUACAGGCAAUAAUGCUAGCCUGAAGGAUCACCGUCCUCCUUGGGAUCUCCCCGCCUGCCCCUCAUUUGCUGGGGACACGGGCACUAAUACUCGCGAUUUCGAUGUAUCAACAUCUUGUAUCGACACCGUGCUUGGAUGA